AUGGGAAGCCUCGUUGCCAAGUUGUACCACGCGACCGCUUCUGGACGCGGAUACCAUAAACGAAGCAAAGCUUUGCCAAAAAGACCAAUAGAAUCGACGCUUUUAAGCAUCUUUUUCCUGACUGUGCUAACCAGCCCGUUGGUCAGCAGAAUGAGCAGCGGGGGAACUGUGGAAAGUGGAAAACCUCCAAAGAUUGGUUCUAUAGUAGAAGUGACAGGAAAGGGUCAGCGUGGCACUGUUGCCUACAUUGGAGCGACCCUGUUUGCCUCUGGGAAAUGGGUGGGUGUCAGACUUGAUGAACCCAAAGGCAAGAAUGACGGCACCGUCCAGGGAAAACGUUACUUUCCCUGUGAGGAAAACCAUGGAAUAUUUGUCAGGCAGUCUCAGAUCCAUGUUGUUGAUGAUGGCUCCAGUGCAACCUCUCCAGAUACUCCUGAGUCUGGUGCUGCCAAGAUCCCUAGACAGAAAGAUAUUCCAGAGACUCCCAAAACAUCCAAACAGACACCAAUGAGCGUUAAGAAGUCCUCAACCCGCCGCUCUGCCAAGUGGCGCACACCCCAAGGUCUGGCACCAGCCACCUCCCUCCCCUCCCUCUUGGUACGCCUUGGACGCUCCAGUCUGCCGCUCAUGUCUUCCCGUGAGAGUCUGUCGUCUGGCGAUGUCAGCGAGGUGGGCCUGUCCACCCACCAGGGUGCACUGGGCGCUCCUGUUAUCCCUCAGCCUGUUGGGACGUCCAUAGCAGCAGCGACACCUGUUCCUGCUACUUCCAGCAAGGUGGAAGCUUCCAUUUCCAAACAGGAGGAGGAGUCACUGCGGGCACAGGUCAAGGACUUGGAUGAGAAGCUGGAGACGCUGAAGAUGAAGCGCACAGAGGACAAGGCCAAACUGAAGGAGCUGGAGAAGCACAAGAUCCAGCUUGAGCAACUUCAGGAGUGGAAGACCAAAAUGCAGGAGCAGCAGACCGAGCUGCAGAAACAACUCAAAGAAGCCAAGAGGGAAGCACGUGAUGCCCAGGAGGCAAAGGAUCGCUACAUGGAAGAGAUGUCGGACACAGCAGAUGCUAUCGAAAUGGCUACUCUAGACAAGGAGAUGGCUGAAGAGCGAGCAGAGUCACUGCAGGUGGAGGUGGACACACUGAAGGAGAAAGUAGAGGAACUCUCUAUGGACCUAGAGAUCCUUCGACAUGAGAUUUCAGAGAAAGGCUCAGAUGGUGCUGCCUCCAGUUACCAUGUGAAACAGCUAGAGGAGCAGAACAGCAGGCUGAAGGAGGCCCUGGUCAGGAUGCGCGACCUGUCUGCCUCUGAGAAACAGGAGCAUGUGAAGCUGCAAAAGCAGAUGGAGAAGAAGAACACAGAGGUGGAGACCCUAAGGACUCAGAAGGAAAAACUGCAGGAGGAGGUCAAACAUGCCGAGGCCACAAUUGAUGAGCUUAAGGAACAGGUGGAUGCCGCCCUGGGCUCCGAGGAGAUGGUUGAGACGCUGACAGAGAGAAAUCUUGACCUUGAGGAGAAAGUCAGAGAAUUGAGAGAAACCGUGACUGAUCUGGAGGCAAUCAAUGAAAUGAAUGACGAGCUUCAGGAGAAUGCCAGAGAGACUGAAAUGGAGCUGAGAGAGCAGUUGGACCUUAGUGCGGCAAAAGUCCGAGAGGCAGACAAAAGAGUGGAGGGUGCCCAGGAGACAGUGGCUGAUUACCAGCAGACCAUUAGCAAAUACAGAGAGCUCACUAAUAGACUACAGGAGGCCAACAAAGACCUGAUGACUCAGCAGAGUGCAAGUACCGAACAAUUUCAGCAACCCCCUGCAGAACUCUUUGACUUCAAGAUUAAGUUUGCAGAAACAAAGGCGUACGCCAAGGCCAUUGAGAUGGAGCUGAGGAAAAUGGAAGUGGCUCAGCUGAACCGCCAGGUUAACUUGCUAACCUCCUUCAUGCCAGACUCCUUCCUCCGUCAUGGUGGAGACCACGAUUGCAUACUGGUGCUCCUGCUCAUACCCAGGAUUAUUUGCAAGGCUGAGCUAAUCAGCAAACAGGCGCAGGAGAAGUUUGACUUGAACGGAAACGUGGCCCAAGGCACAGCGCUCAAAGGUCCUCCCGGAGAACAGCGUAGUUUCGCCUCAGGGUUGGUGUACUCUCUCAGUUUGCUGCAAGCCACCUUGCACAAAUAUGAGCAAGCUCUAAGUGUGUGUACAGUGGAUGUUUUUAAGCGCAUGGGUACGCUUUACUCUGAAAUGAGCUUUCACGAGCGCUCUCUGGAUUAUUUCAUCGACUUGCUGCACAAAGACCAACUAGAUGAGACUGUUCAGGUGGAACCACUGACCAAGGCCAUCAAAUAUUACCAGCAAUUGUACAGUGUUCAUCUGGCAGACCACACAGAGGACUGCACAGUGCAACUUGCGGACCACAUUAAGUUUGUCCAGAGUGCCUUGGACUGUAUGGGUGUGGAGGUAGGUCGUCUGAGAGCGUUCCUAGCAGCGGGUCAGGACAGCUCCACGCUGGCUGCUUUACUGAACGACCUAGACACUUCCUGCUCAGACAUCAAGCAGUUCUGUAAGAAGGUCCGCCGUCGCAUGCCUGGCACAGAUGCUGUUGGAGCACCCGCCGCUCUCCAUUUUGGACAACCGGUGUCUGAGGUGCUGACCGAGUGCAGACGGCAACUAACCCGUGUGGUCGCCGUGCUUCAGGAAGUGGCGGCAGCUGGAGCUCAGAUGGUCGCCCCACUUGGCGAUCAAGAAGGACUAAAUGCUCUUAAAUUAGAGGAUAUCGCAUGCAAGGUUGUGGAGCAGGUGUAUGGUGCUCAUGGUCUUAAUGGCCCUGACUGCCUACGACAGUCUUGUUGCGCUAUUAUCGCUACUAUGAACAAGAUGGCCACAGCCAUGCAGGAAGGAGAGUAUGACGCAGACAAACCCCAGGGAAAGAGUCCUCCAGUGGAAAUGAGAGCAGCAAUAGUCAGAGCUGAAAUGACUGAUGCUGAGGGACUUGGUGUUAAACUAGAAGACAGAGAAACGGUCAUCAAGGAGUUUAAAAAGUCCCUCAAGAUCAAGGGAGAAGAGCUUAGUGAGGCCAAUGUUCGUCUGAGCCUCCUGGAGAAAAAGCUGGACACAUCCACCAAGGACGCAGAUGAACGUGUGGAGAAGAUCCAAACUAAACUGGAUAAGAACCUCGACUUGCUGAAAAAGAAAGAAAAAGAAUUUGAGGAGACGAUGGAUGCUCUCCAAGCUGACAUCGACCAGCUGGAAGCGGAGAAGGCUGAGCUGAAACAGCGCCUCAAUAAUCAAUCAAAGAUGACCAUAGAAGGCUUGCGGGGCAUGCCUGCUUCUGGAAUUGCCUCUGUUGUUCAAGGACCAGCAGGGAUUUUGUCCCAGUCACUAUCAGGACCAAUGCAAGUGGUGGACUCUCCUCUUCUUCGGCAGCAGAUUGAAGCUCAAAGACUGGGAAUUAAACGCCUCAAGAAUGAAAACAACAGACUGAAGGCAGAGAAGAUGAGCGCACAGCUGGCCUCCCUGCCCCCCCUCUGCCCUGCCAAACUGCCCCAGAUGUCUAAAGAAAGCUCCACGCCACCAGAGGGGCUUAAUACAGACAUCUAUCGCAGGACCGACCAGCUGCUUGCGACCCUUCUCAAGAUGAGUGCAGAGGUCAAAGUAGUGGACAUCACCGGGAAGACAUCAGUCAGCGCGAGUUCCCAGCUGCUUGAGCAGACUGCUCGAAUGCAGAACUUCAGCGAUGCUCUGGCCAAACUGAAGGGUGAAGUAGCUGAGCAUGUAGUGUCCCGUCAGCCAGGAGCUAAGGCAAUUUCCGACUUUGCCACCUUCCCGGUCUCCUCAUUUGUUAAGGCCAAAGAAGAAAAGAAUGGCGGAACAGUGUUUGUGGGCCGCAUCGCCAUUCCUUGCACUCGGGGACAAGAACAAAGCCACCGUCUGGUCCUGUCACAGCAGCAGUUGCAAAAUGUGCACCGCCUCAUCAUGGCCUGAGGCAGCUUGAAACUCCUUUUUAUUCCCAUUCCCACUUUGAUAUUUUAUAGUAUUUACACAACAUUCUAUGAUUUGGAUUUCACUUGUCACAGAAACAUUUUGCACUAUGUCACAUAAGAGGAAAUGGGAUAGUUUGUCACAUAUACAUCAACUAACUGGUGCGAAAGAUAUUUGAUUUCAGCAGUUCAAUUUAGAUUUGCAGUUCAUUUGCUAAUGGAGAGCAAACCAGUAAAGUAUAUUUUUACAAAUUUUCAAAGGUUUGAAGAUACUGAAUUUGUUUUUUUUCACUAGUAUGCUGUAUCAUCAAAAUUAUUAAUGCAUUGGAAAUCUUCACUGUGCAGUGAAUCUUUAGAAUAUGAGGGUUUCACUUUUUGAAUUGAAUUUCUGGAACAAAAUGUGUAUAUAUAAAAAUAUAGUAAUUAAAAACACUCCCCUUGAA